AUGAAGAAUGCAAAGGAUAGCCAAUUCUCCAAAUUUUUGGAGAUCUUCAAGAAACUUCAGAUCAACAUCCCAUUUGCUGAAGCAUUGGAGCAAAUGCCACUCUAUGCUAAGUUUCUGAAGGAAUUGAUGACCAAGAAGAGAAACUGGAGGAACGAUGAAACUAUGAUACUAACUGAGGAAUGUAGUGCUAUCAUCCAACAUAAGCUACCUCAAAAAUUGAAGGACCCAGGAAGCUUUCAAAUUCCCUGUAUCAUAGGGGAAAUAACAGUUGAAAAAGCCUUAUGUGACUUGGGAGUUAGUAUAAAUCUGAUGUCCUUAACUAUGAUGAAAAGAAUGAAGAUUGAGGAAGCCAAACCAACAAGAAUGGCCCUCCAAUUGGCAGAUCGAUUAUUCAAAUUCCCUCAUGGAAUAGUAGAAGAUUUGUUGGUAAAAGUAGGAGACUUCAUAUUCCCUGCUGACUUUGUGGUGUUGGAUAUGGAGGAAGAAGCUAAGGCUUCAAUAAUCUUGGGAAGGCCAUUUUUAGCUACAGCUGGGGCCAUCAUUGAUGUCCAAAAGUGA